AUGGAGGGAAAACCCAGUCGCCGAAAAUCGAGAAACCCGAAGAUCACGAAACGGAAUGAAUCGGACGCUGGCCCUCAAAAUACGUCUGCCAGAAGAACAACAAGAUGUUGGCCUUGCAGCAUUGUGAUUUGUCCGCUGGUUUUAUGCAUCCUCACUGUAUUGCUCUUCCUCCAACAGUUCACCACACUAGAUCCGUUGCGCUCCGUACUAUCUUCCCCUAAAGUUCACCAUGGCGAAACGCUACACUCCCAAGUGCACAACCCUGACUUAGCUCGCCCGAGCAUAGAGCUUCAUCCAGAGGACCACGUAUAUCGGGGACCAGUGACACAACAUCUUGACUGGGUGGUCACUGCUGAUUACCUUCGGCCCGAUGGGGUGUUGAAGCAGGUUUACCUUAUCAACGGUAUCUUCCCGGGUCCGACUAUUGAGGCCCGUUCUGGCGAUACCCUUAUAAUCAAUGUCGCAAAUGCACUACAAGAGGAACCAAUCUCUAUCCACUGGCAUGGGAUUCACGUUCAUAAUACAAUGGAUGGUGUUCCCGGAGUGACACAAAAUGUCAUUCCACCUGGAUCUACCUUCGUGUACAACUUGACUAUUCCCCAUGACCAAAGUGGCACCUUUUGGUACCAUGGUCAUACCGGAACUUCGAGGGCGGAUGGCCUAUACGGUGGCUUUGUUGUACAUGCACCUUCUUCCCGACCUACUGUUCGCGGACUCAUGGCCCGUGACAGCGCCGAGUCUCUGCAGUACGGUUACGAAAGAGAGUUUCUACUUCUGAUCGGAGAUUGGUACCAUCAGCCUGGUGAUCAGGUCUUGGCCUGGUACAUGAGCAUCGCGUCUUUCGGAAACGAGCCAGUGCCUGACUCAUUGUUGAUCAACGGGGCGGGCAGCUUCGACUGCUCUAUGGCCGUACCUGCUCGACCCCUAGAUUGUGUUGAACAACAUACCAACCUCUCCUACCUAUCAGACAUAGACACAGCCUAUAGAUUGCGUGUGGUCAACACCGGUUCCUUAGCAGGAUUCACCCUAUCAUUCGAAAAUAAACCCCUCACCCUGAUCCAAGUAGACAGCACAAGCGUCGAACCCCAAGAAGCCCCAUCAGCAGGAAUCCUUUACCCAGGCCAACGCAUGGAUGUUGUCCUCCAACCCUCGAAAGAAGACCCCACAUCCCUAACAAUCCACCUAGACCAAGACUGCUUCAACUACCCAAAUAUAGCCCUCACCCCAACCCAAACAUUCCCGAUAACACCCUCCCACAUCCCAUUACCUCCCCAACCCCUCCCAAAAAACACUCUAGACCUUCAAAACACGCCCUCAAAAGCCUCUCUCCUCUCGAUUAUCCCCGGAAACCCCACCCAAACGCAGGUAAUCUACACCAAGAUCCAAAAAUUAAGCAUAAACCACAACAUCCCAAACGGCUUCUUCAACCGCACCUCAUGGCGUCCGCAACCCGAUACGCCACUAAACACCCUCCCGCGUGAGAAAUGGGACGAUAACCAGUUCUCGUUCGCCGUACCUGAUUCCGAAUGGAUUGAUGUGGUGGUGAAUAAUCUAGAUGAGGGGGGCAUCCGUUCCAUUUGGGUCUAUGAGGCGCCUAUAGGAUGGGGCUCGUACAACCCUUUUGUGGAUGCGGCUCCGCCGGGUUUAGAGUCCGAGUCGGGGUAUGAUCUCUCUCGUGCAAUGCUUCGGGAUACGGUGUAUAUUCCCAGUCGGGGGAAUGCUCCCUGCAACCGGUAUGCCCGUCCCGAGGUAUCCUACCCACCUAUUCGAACCCGAUUUCGCCAAUCUAGUAAAGGAAGAUGA